AUGUACGGGAUGCGGCUAGAAGAAGCUCUUAUGGAUGGAUGGGACUCGAAAUGGUCCAGACACCAGAGCGAGCAGGACGAAAGCGAGCCAAGACGAAAGCGAGCCAAGACGAAAGCGAGCCAAGACGAAAGCGAGCCAAGACGAAAGCGAGCCAAGACUGACGCAGAUGAUGGCGACAAGCGGCAAGGAAAGGGUAAAAAUGAGCGGAAAGAGGACGAGGGCAACGGCAAGAGAACGCGAAGGGCCACACAGACAGGACAAGUCAGGGACAGUAGAUGA